GGCGAUCCGGUGCACAUCCUGGACCCGAUCGAUAUCCUCCUACAAGACUGGCGUGAAAUGGAGCAUAGUGGCAUUUCCGCAGUUUUGAUGCAGACAAGCCUCGCAGCCCGUGAUAUGCUAGCUUUACCAACUCUCGCGAGCACGACAAGGCCUUUAUUCUUGUCUGGAGAAAAUAUGACAGGGAUAAGCAAUGGGGACGCCACUCCUUUUAGCCCUGCGCAAGAAAGCGAAGAUCAAAGUGGUGCUGAUAGUGCAACUUCUAGUUCUACAGGCGCAACCUCUGAAACGAAAACUCAAAAGACAAAAACGCGCAGCCUACAUAUACAAAGGACAUUGCCCCUCUUUGAGGAAGAAGAUAUCGCUUUACCACUAGAAGCCGUCAUUUUUCUAGUAGAAGCUGCAUUUUUGAUUGCAGGGCUCGCCAAGGAUGGCUUUCUUAAUGAAGAUCCGCCCACUGCUUGCACUAAGACAGGAGCACGGAGAAACUCAGGAGAAGAAAAAGAGACGAUUCUAUUGCGACAAGUGUGGAAAGCACUGGCUCCGUUAUUCAUCCAAAAUAUUGGGGUACGGAGAUAUUUUCAUUCACGCUUUCUUGAAGUGACCGAUGGCAUUUUUUCAAAGUCCCUGCCUAAAGGAAGACCACGGGCAAAGCAUAUCUGGCCUUUUGUGACCGAUAUCACAACUCCGCUUGUGGUUCCUCACAAACAAGCGCACGUCAAACCUACUAGUCAGCUGGUGCAGGGAGCAAAAAGGCGCCAGAACAUUGAACGCAGUAAUGAUCUCAAGGUCGACAGCGCUGUUGAGGCUGAUGCUGACACUGAUACCGCAGACCCCAGAAAUGGCUUAGCUGGUUUUUAUUGGUUGCCCAUCCACCACUCGAAUUUCGAACGGAUAUACGCAAGAGACCCUCUAGAAAACCCUGACGCAGGCGAAAAGAUUUUCGGUGUGCACAGUACGCAUUACGAUAAAGAACUUUUCGACGCCAUGCGUGGAUUUUUGGAUCAACGAAAAAGAAACGACGUGGCAGAGAGAGCACAUGAAGGACACCUACUACAGCAAGAAAAAUCACAAGGAAACACUUCCCCGGUGGUCGAAGUCUCUUUCCAGCACAUAGAUCCGAACGGCCAGUUUGUCUUCACUGGAGGCCAUAUUUUGUCACCUCAACAGACGAGGAUAGUGUACAAGACUUUCGCGAGCUUCGACUUCACAGCGAUGAGGGCGAAUCAGAACUGCGAUGCAGGAGAAUCCCGAGAUGCUUGGAACAAUACCAAACUUGUGAAGGCCUUCUUCUGUAGUCGCUACAAAACGGGUCAGCGGUUGUUAAACCACUUCUCAGUAGGGAUUCCAGCAAUCGUUUUCCGAGAGACGGGGCCUUUGGAUAUGCUUCAAGGGUACCCAGAAUAUCCGCUCUUGGUAGACACGGUGCCGGAAGCGGUGGAAAAGUUAUGAUGAUGGAGCUUUUUUUUGUGAACAGUACAGGUAAAGUCGGUAGUAAGGCUUCCGUGCUUGGUCUCAUUCUGAUAUCUUUGAGCUGUGUUGGUGGAGUGUAGAUAUACCACAUAAGUACAGACAGACAAAGCAUCAAAUUCCUCAGUUACGCGCUUCCUCUAAGACUUCUCGACGAACUGCUUUCCAUGUCGCAGCAAGCUUUAUCUACUCUUCGCGCAAAUGUUAUCCGAGCAAGCGAGCAAUUUGACCUAGAAAACCUGUCUUGGCGCCUCAUCAUGGUCCUCACUGACGUUUUCGCGAAGACAGGAAGGAACAACAUGUUUCAGCCUGUGAAGGAGGCCGAACCGGUGGAACAAACACGGGUCAGGGUGCCACUUUAAGUGACUGAAAGCAACCACUAUUAGAAGUGAUGUUGAUAGAUGACAAAAAAACUAAGAUCACAAGAUCUUUUUUCUGAUUCGUUCACAAGCACUAUGUUGACGCAAGGUAAUCACGAGGACUGUCGCAGCACUGACGACAGGGUUAUUUGCGAGGACUUUGACACAAGGUUUUUACGAUGACAAGUAUGACCACAAGGUAUGAAGUAUUUACGGGGACUUCGUUGACCAUCGGAUAUUCAGACUCAACGCAUUUUGAGCACCUCCAGCAAGGCCUGUCGUGGAUGCAAAAGAUACGACCCAGAAUAAUAGGGAGACAAGCGUGAAUUCGCAUCUAGC